ACCAGACUCUUUGACGUGACGUUGGAGGACAUGAUUGGUGGCCAGCAGUGGUAUAUAUCCGUCAGGCUUCACUCCCACUUUCUCGCCAGUGGAAUUUCAUCUCAGCUUCUGCACCUUCAGGGCAGACGAGAACAUAAAAUAAGCAAAAGCUGGCAGGCUGACGGGAACUUGCAUUUUUACAGGACGGAUUAUCUGGUAACUGACCAUUUAGCUGUGGCACACUCGGACUCUGUUAAAGUGGGAUUUUAACCAUGAGCUCAGUCGCUGUACUUACGCAGGAAAGCUUCAACGAGCACCGCAGUGGGCUCUUGCCAGAGCAGAAUGCGGCUGCUGUGGCAGGCCCCAAUGCUGGAGAGGAGGAGGAUGCCCUUCCUACCUACAAGGAAGCCUUCCCACCUCUGCCUGAGAAGGCGGCCACACCUGAGGGGACCCAGGAAACUGCCAAUGCCUGGACAUCAAAGAUUCGUCCCCUCAAAUCUUCUGUCAUCACCCAGGUUUUCCAUGUGCCGCUAGAGGAGCGCAAGUACAAGGACAUCAACCAGUUUGGGGAAGGAGACCAAGCGAAGGUCUGUGUGGACAUCAUGCAUAAGACUGGAGCCCAUCUGGAACUCUCCUUGGCGAAAGAUCAGGGUCUCUCCAUCAUGGUUUCAGGAAAGCUGGACGCUGUGAUGAAGGCCCGUAAGGAGAUUGUGUCUAGACUGCAGACUCAAGCCUCAGCUACUGUCGCCAUCCCUAAGGAGCACCAUCGUUUUGUCAUUGGCAAAAAUGGGGAGAAACUUCAGGAGCUAGAGCUCAAAACCGCCACCAAAAUCCAGAUCCCACGACCUGACGACUCCAGCAACCAGAUCAAGAUCUCUGGCACUAAGGAGGGCCUGGAGAAGGCGAAGCAUGAGAUCCUGUUGAUCUCUGCUGAGCAGGACAAGCGCGCAGUGGAGCGGGUAAACAUUGACAAGGUGUACCACCCCUUCAUUACCGGGGCCUACAACAAGCUGGUUGGAGAGAUGAUGCAGGACACCGGUGCCCGUAUCAAUGUUCCCCCUCCAAGUGUGAAUAAGACGGAGAUUGUCAUCACUGGGGAAAAGGAGCAGGUGGCCCUUGCUGUGGCUAUGAUUAAGAAGAUUUAUGAAGAGAAGAAGAAGAAUGCCACCACCAUAGCGGUGGAGGUGAGGAAGUCUCAGCACAAAUAUGUGGUUGGCCCCAAGGGAAACACCCUGCAGGAGAUCCUGGAUAGAACUGGUGUGUCGGUUGAGAUCCCACCUUCUGACAGCAGCUCAGAAACAGUCAUCCUUCGUGGGGAGCCAGACCGUCUGGGUCAGGCCCUCACUGAAGUUUAUGCCAAGGCAAACAGUUACACUGUUUCCUCGGUGUCAGCUCCCUCUUGGCUUCAUCGAUUCAUUAUUGGCAAGAAGGGACAGAACUUGGCCAAGAUUACCCAACAGAUGCCUAAGGUGCACAUCGAGUUCACCGAGGGAGAAGACAAGAUCACCCUUGAGGGUCCAACCAAAGAUGUGCAAAUGGUGCAGAGUCAGAUUGAAGCCAUUGUUACAGAUUUGGUGAGCCGAAUGGACUAUGCAGAGAUCAGUGUCGAUCCCAAAUUCCACCGGCACCUCAUUGGAAAAGGAGGCGUUAACAUCAACCGCAUUAAAGAGCUUCACAAGGUGACUGUCCGCAUCCCCCCCGACAACGAGAAGAGCAACCUGAUCCGUAUCGAGGGGGAUCCCCAAGGUGUGCAGGAGGCCAAAAAGGAGCUGCUUGAGCUUGCGUCACGCAUGGAGAAUGAGCGUACAAAGGACCUGAUCAUUGAACAGCGUUUUCACAGAGCCAUCAUCGGCCAAAAAGGGGAGAAGAUCAAAGAAGUGCGGGACAAAUUCCCAGAUGUCAUCAUCAAUUUCCCUGACCCAGCACAGAAAAGUGACAUCGUUCAACUUCGUGGCCCCCGAAAUGAAGUGGAGAAAUGCUCCAAAUUCAUGCAGAAGAUAGUGGCUGAGAUGGUGGAGAACAGCUACUCCGUCUCCGUCCCCAUCUUCAAGCAGUUUCACAGAAACAUAAUCGGAAAAGGAGGAUCAAAUAUCAAGAAGAUUCGUGAAGAAACAAACACCAAAAUUGACCUACCGGCUGAGAACAGCAACUCUGAGAUGAUUGUCAUCACUGGGAAGAAGGCAAACUGUGACGCUGCGCGGAACCGUAUUUUGGCCAUUCAGAAAGAGCUGGCAAACAUCACAGAAGUAGAUGUGUCCAUUCCCUCAAAGUUGCACAACUCCUUGAUUGGGUCAAAGGGCCGUUUGGUGCGCUCCAUCAUGGAGGAGUGCGGUGGUGUGCACAUCCACUUUCCCACAGAGGGUUCAGGCAUUGAUAAGGUCACCAUCAGGGGACCUGUGGAGGAGGUGGAGAAAGCUAAGCAGCAACUUCUGGCCCUGGCAGAGGAGAAGCAAACAAAGAGUCACACUGCCGAGCUGCACGCAAAGCCAGAAUACCACAAGUUUCUCAUUGGAAAAGGUGGCGGAAACAUCCGCAAGGUUCGCGACAGCACCGGGGCCAGAAUCAUCUUCCCCACACCUGAUGACAAAGACCAGGAACUGAUCACUGUGGUCGGCACAGAGGAAGCAGUGCGGGAGGCCCAGAAAGAGCUGGAGGAACUCAUCAAGAGUUUGGACAACAUUGUUGAGGACACGAUGAGCGUUGACCCCAAGCAUCACCGCUACUUUGUGUCCCGCCGUGGUCAAGUCCUCAGGGACCUCGCGGAUGAGUACGGUGGUGUGAUGGUGAGCUUUCCUCGCACAGGAUCUCAGAGCGAAAAGGUCACCCUCAAAGGAGCCAAAGAAUGUGUGGAGGCUGCUAAAAAGCGCAUGCUGGAGAUUAUUGAGGACUUGGAUGCUCAAGUGACGGUUGAGUGUGUGAUUUCUCAGAAGUUCCACCGUUCUAUCAUGGGUCCCAAAGGGUCGCGGAUUCAGCAGAUCACAAGAGAUCACAAUGUGCAGAUUAAAUUCCCAGAACGGGAGGACCCUCAAGCAGCAGCUCCAGCUGAAGCUCCAGUUCAAGAGAACGGAGAGGCGAACGGUGAAGUGAAGGAACCAGUUGAUCCAAACGCACCCAAGAAGUGUGACGUGAUUGUGAUUUCUGGCCGAAAAGAGCGCUGCGAGGCGGCUGUGGAAGCUUUGAAGGCCCUGGUUCCUGUCACCACUGAAGUGGAAGUGCCUUUUGAGCUUCAUCGAUACAUCAUUGGACAGAAAGGAAGUGGGAUUCGCAAGAUGAUGGAUGAAUUCGAGGUAAAUAUUCAAGUGCCUGCUCCUGAGCAGCAGUCUGAUAAAAUUGCAAUCACCGGCUUGGCCAAUCACCUCGACCGAGCUAAAGAGGGUCUGUUGGAGCGAGUCAAAGAACUGCAAGCCGAGCAGGAGGAUCGGGCACUCAGGAACUUCAAGCUGACCAUCACUGUGGACCCCAAGUAUCACCCAAAAAUCAUAGGCCGCAAGGGUGCCAUUAUUACCAACAUCCGCACUGAGCAUGAUGUUAACAUCCAGUUCCCAGAGAAGAAUGAUGAAAACCAGGAUCAGAUAACUAUUACAGGGUAUGAGCACAAAGCCAUAGCUGCACGAGACGCCAUCCAGACGAUCGUGGACGAGUUGGAGGAGAUGAUCUCUGAGAACAUCACCCUGGACAGCAGGGUCCAUGCUCGCAUCAUUGGAGCUCGUGGCAAAGGCAUACGCAAGAUCAUGGAUGAGUUUAAGGUUGAUCUCAGGUUUCCUCAGAGUGGAGCUACAGACCCAAACCUGGUGACAGUCAUAGGUCGCCCUGAGCUUGUGGAUGAAGCCAUUGACCACCUCCUUAACCUAGAAGAGGAAUAUAUGGUUGAUGUUGUGGAAAACGAGACAAAGAUGUCUUACAUGAGGCCACCUAGUGGUAGCGCAGCUGCCAUGGACGAACAACGUGGCCCGUCCAAAGGUUUUGUGGUGAGAGAGGCUCCCUGGGCUACAUCUAAUGAGAAGGCUCCGGAUGUGAGCAGCUCUGAAGACUUCCCAAGCUUCGGAGCCCCGGUAGCAACCAAGACCUCACCCUGGGGACCCAAGCGCUUCUAAACUGUGCUGCUACACACGGCCCCAAGUUUAACCAAUCACAAUCUUACCCUGUCAUCGUCCCAAUCUUGACCUGGACUGACCGCGCUGACCCUAAAGUCUUCAGUUCUGAGAAUGUCAUCCUUCUCUGUUUAUCUUGGUCUACCCCUCCAGAGUCAUCAGUGCUUUCAGAUACUGUAAUUGACUUGUGAGCUUUGUAUCUGCAUUAAAUACCAUCUUAUGCUUAAAAAGUGACAGGUGUUGCAGUUACAUCAAGCAGCAACAGACUGAUCUUUAAAUGUCGACCAGACCUGACAACUCAUUGUGGUUUGAACUGUUAUACCAAAUUGUGGUGGCCAGACAUCAGUUCUUUCAUUCGAGCUGCCCUUAGUUGCCUUUUGCAGGAGGUGGUAAAGGGACUGAAUCCCUGCCAUUCAGAUAUUAUGCCUCACCAAUGAGGCCAGCUGUUUCAGAAACUCACCCCUUCCUGCUUUAUCCAUGUAGCUGAGUGAAAAUUGUCAGUCAUCAGCCCCAAAGCACACUAUAGUGGUUGUCCUCUGUGAUGUCUUCAUCUGCUUGUAACUGUGCUUCUGUGACUACGAUCAAGUAGUGUCACCUACUUGUAGCCUUAUGAAUUGGUUAAACUGAACAGGGGGAGGUGGGGGGGGCAGCUCGCUUUCAGCCACUGCAGAAUCGCACCCACUCAAACUGCCAGAUGCUUGGAGAUCAUGACCACAACUAAACCUCGUACAACACUAGGCAUAGAGCUCCAACGCAUCAAACCUCACACUAAACGUUGAAUGAUAUUUUUUUUUUUUUUAAAGCAUUGAAGUAAAUUACUCUGCAGAAGAAUAUGACUGAGCAAACAGCAGACCAUUGUGUGCCAACUGUCUAGUGAUGUCCUGUGUUAGUCACCCUCUGUAUUGGGUCAGUGUCCAGUCCCUUUGUCUUCCAGUUGCUAUGCAGAAUCCUCUGUUCAAUAGCAAUGUUCCCCCUUUUUUUUUUUUUUUUUUUUUCUUUUUUUUUUUUUUUUUUUUGUAAAUCAGCCUUACAGCUAGAUGGAUACAAACCAGGUAGAGAUGAUGCCAAAGUGCAUUUACAAACUGGAAGGUGUUCCUUUUUAAAAGCUUGAAAUGUUCUGCCCAGUCAUGGUAAUUUGGUUAAAAGUUUGCUUGGGGUGCAUGGUAAGCUUGGCUUCUAAAUUAACAUCCAUCAUCAACCUACCUUUUGGUUUAUAUCCUUCUAGUGUUGAAUGAAAGAAUAUGCAAAAUACCAUUGAGAUGAACGGUUAUGGAUGACACUGGAAAAAGGAAAAAAAAGUCCAAAAAGUCAAUAAAAAUGGAAAAUCUU